AUGAAGCAGAAGACAAUACAGCAGGUGGCAGCAGAAGACAGUACAGCAGGUGGCAGCAGAAGACAGUACAGCAGGUGGCAGCAGAAGACAGUGCAGCAGGUGGCAGCAGAAGACAGUGCAGCAGGUGGCAGCAGAAGACAGUACAGCAGGUGGCAGCAGAAGACAGUACAGCAGGUGGCAGGCAGAAGAGCACAGCAGAUGGCAGCAGAAGACAGUACAGCAGAUGCAGCAGAGGCAGCAGACAGUGCAGCAUGGCAGAAGACAGUACAGCAGAGCAGACAGGUGAUGGCAGCAGAAGACAGUACAGCAGGUGGCAGCAGCAGCAGAUGGACAGUACAGCAGAUGGCAGCAGAAGACAGUGACAGCAGGUGGCAGCAGAAGACAGUACAGCAGAUGGCAGCAGCAGCAGCAAGGCAGCACAGCAGCAGCAGAAGACAGUACAGCAGAUGGCAGCAGAAGACAGACAGCAGAUGGCAGCAGAAGACAGCAGGUGGCAGCAGAAGACAGCAGCAGGUGGCAGCAGAAGACAGCACAGCAGGUGCAGAAGACAGUACAGCAGAUGGCAGCAGAAGACAGUACAGCAGUACAGCAGGUGGCAGCAGAAGACAGCACAGCAGAUGGCAGCAGAAGACAGUACAGCAGAUGGCAGCAGAAGACAGUGCAGCAGGUGGCAGCAGAAGACAGUACAGCAGAUGGCAGCAGAAGACAGUGCAGCAAGUGCAGCAGAGCAGAAGACAGACAGAGCAGAUGGCAGCAGAAGACAGUACAGCAGAUGGCAGCAGAAGACAGCAGCAGAUGGACAGCAGCAGAAGCAGCAGAAGUACAGCAGGUGGCAGCAGAAGACACAGCACAGCAGAGUGGCAGCAGAAGACAGUACAGCAGAUGGCAGCAGAAGACAGUACAGCAGAUGGCAGCAGAAGACAGUGCAGCAGAUGGCAGCAGAAGACAGUGCAGCAGAUGGCAGCAGAGACAGAGCAGUGCAGAAGACAGUACAGCAGAUGGCAGCAGAAGAUACAGCAGAUGGCAGCAGAAGACAGUACAGCAAGUGGCAGCAGAAGACAGUACAGCAGAUACAGCAGAUGCAGCAGAAGACAGCACAGCAGGUGGCAGCAGGCAGGUGGCAGAAGACAGUACAGCAGGUGGCAGCAGAAGACAGUACAGCAGAUGGCAGCAGAAGACAGUACAGCAGGUGGCAGCAGAAGACAGUACAGCAGGUGGCAGCAGAAGACAGUACAGCAGGUGGCAGCAGAAGACAGUACAGCAGGUGGCAGCAGAAGCAGGAGAAGGAGAGGGGUGGAUGAAAAGGCUGAUUUAGAUAUGAGAGCCACAGCAGCUGCGACAGAUAACUGA